AUGAGACUGAAAAAGAAAGAAGAAAAGAAAAUGGACAUACGAUUUGAAGGAAAAAGGCCCUAUUCAGCAUUAAAACGUUUCCUGGUCAGGAUGCUGCCAGCCUGCUGUAUCCACUUCCUCUACAGCUCAAGCUCACAGUUUAAGAUCACAAAGGUUUUCCUUGGUGCUGGUUUUGGAGGUUUUUUUGGAAUUGGAAUUCAGUAUUUAGGGCCUCAUAACUGUUAUCCUAUCUUUUCAACAGUAGUCAACAGUCUAUUGGUAAAUGAACUGAGUCUAUCAGAACAACAGAAGAUACAGCUAUUGUACUGUAUAACAGGUAUCUUCGCUUUUGGAUGUGCCCUUUUCUCGAACUUCAGAUGCUCUAUGAUUAUGACACUGCCUAAUAUUUUCUGUGAAGAAGGUCAUGCUUAUCUGCUUGUCUUAGUUAUGGGCUCAAUUUAUGCAGGACCCAUCACUAACCUGGAAAAGAAUGUUGAGGAAGUAAUACGAUCAAUUGGUUGUUCAGUUGAGUUACAAAUCAACCACACCAAGCUGAUGUGGAAAAUACUGAUCAAUCCUAUAAAGAAGAUUGCGGAGGACCUUGUGUCUGCAGGUAAGGAAAUUAAAAAUGACACCUCUGUUUUGAACUUGGCUUUGGAGGAGAUGAAUGAUGAGUUGAAUAACAUGGAUGGAAUGGAUAAAAAGGAAUAUAAGAAGAGGCUGAAAUUAGAAAAAACAGAAAACAACACAAUGUGGUCCAUCCAGAAUAAGUUUAACCUAAAGACCGUGCUACGUUGUGAGUACAUUGCUGAAAAAGGCAUUGAGAAAUGUAAAGACUGGUUUGACCAAAAGCAUGAUGAGUGCAUGUCAACUAUUGCAGUGCCACUUAUCAACUUUCUGCUCUGCUUGCCCAUGAAGUUUAAAGUAUUCUGUUUCAUCCUACGCUUGAGCACAAAAUGGUGUCAAGACAACGUGCCAGUAGAUUCUAACUUUGGACUACUGUACGACACGGUUAAUAAAACCAUAUAUAAAAUGCACAAAGGAUUCAAGAGUGAAAUAACUGUUAAGAAACAACAGCAGGAUAUGUUUCUAGGAUUCAAUACCUCUAAACUGCUCAUCACGGAUGAGAUCAUGGAAAAUGUUGACAACAAGAGAGUGGUCUUUGAAAAAGUGAUGUCCGUCCUCAGGAUCCUAAUGCGCUUUGCCUUCAUCUACUUCUUCAUUUCGGCUUUUAUUUAUUGCAACAAAUACAACAGAGACAUACAGUUUGACAACAUGUACAUAACCACCUACUUCAAGCAAAUUGAUGCACGCAGAAGAAAGAAGAAAAAGCGACACUUACUGCCGUUGAGGAAGGGAGAAUACGAGAGCUUUGUUUUUCCCUUAAAGAUAAAAAUCCAAGGGCCUGAGUGGACUAUAUUUGUUGUCCUCCAUGAGAUGAGGACCCUAUUUGGGGACUUGAGGAGGGACCUAGGGGCUAUGGAAAAAAGAGUGGUUACUUUAGAGGAGCACCAAGAAACCCUCGCUGAAGAAGCUCGCUCUAAUUCCUCUAGUAUUCAAGAUCAUGAAGCCAAAUUGCACACCCUCUCAGAUAAAUUGGAGGACCUGGAAAACAGGACACGGCGCAAUAACUUGCGUAUAAGGGGUGUUUCCGAAUCUAUCUUCCCUCCUGCGAUUGAGGGCUAUCUUCAAGCUCUAUUAAGAGUCAUCAAAGGUGACCAAUCUGCCGAAGAAGUCCAAAUAGAACGUGCCCACAGAGCCCUACGCCCUAGGCCUCCUCCUAGAGCCCCGCCGAGGGAUAUAAUUGUCAAAUUUUUAAAAUAUAAGGAUAAGGAAGAUCUUCUCAGAAAAGCAACAGAAAAACAUCUAAUUUUACAUGCCGGAGAGGAAAUUCAACUGUUCACAGAUCUCUCCCCUGCUACACUCCAGAAGAGAAGAGAACUAUCCCAUAUUACCUCCACCUUGAAGAAGCAUGGUGUCCCCUACAGAUGGGGAUUUCCUGUCUCCCUAAUUUCUACAUUCAAGAAUAGAACCGCUAUAUUCAGACCUGGAUCGGAUCCAAUUGUCUUCUACAAGGAACUGUCAUUACCCAUAAACUCAGACGAAGAAGAGGUUCCUGGACCCCCUUGGGCACGUCAGAAGACCACUGGACUUUAUUUCCACAAGUCUCAAAAGCCAAGUAAGUGUCCGACAUCAUUGACACACGAGACACAGACGAUAAAGCAGAUACUUCAUAUUAUACCCAUCAUAUUUCUUCUGGUCAUAUCUAUCUUCAUCGAUUUUAUCCUUUACCGCCUGUUUGAAAUCAUCCGCAAACACAGCUUCAUCAGCUACCAGUUUACCAGUGGACACAAGCUAGAGAUUUUGGUUGGAGGGGAUGGAUUUCUUGCAAAUCUGCUCCGGCGCACUGUACGUUUCCUUAACACGUCUUCAGAGGCUACACAUUACAGUACCAAUGUUGUAACUGCGGCUUUCUCAGCUUUCCCUGCAUUGGGUAAUCGUAAGAGAAAAUCUAAACAUUUGCCUGAUACUAAGGUUUCUGACUUUAGGACUGAAUUAGCCACUCUUGCUCAGAUGUCUGAUGAGGAGAAUUCUUCAGUAGAUUCUGAAGAAUGUCUGCCCAACAUCAGGAAGAUGAGUGAAAGAGAUUACUUUGAUUCAUUCUUACCCACUGCCAUAUUUUUGAUGCUGACCUUUGGGCAGGUGUACAUCUCCCGCCUCCGCAGGAUAAUAUGCAGUUUCUUCAAUCCUAAAAGAGAGAAGCGUCGUAUACUUUUUCUUUACAAUGAUUUACUGCGUAAACGAGAAACAUAUGCAGAUAUAAAGCGAAAAAUUAUCAUGCACAGAGCAAAGAUAAAUACAUUGUUGGCAAGGAGUCUAAUGGCCACUAUAUAUCGGCACUUCAAGUUCCUGCACAAAUUUAUCCGCCGGCGGUGCGCAGUGUGUAAUGAAGCUGAGCAGAAAGACAGCUAUGUGUGCAGAACACCAGACUGUGGAACAGUAUACUGCAGGCAAUGCUGGCGGGACAUGAAUAAAUUCUGCUUUGCCUGUGAACCAUAUGAGGACUUCACCUCCGCAGAUGACACAGAAGAGGAACUGUGA